AAAAGCGUUGCUUUACGGCGAUUCGAGUUGUCGCGUCAAGCAGGUUAUUCCGGGCGUUUGGCUGCUUGUCUCCGCACGUGGGCCGCUGUAGGUAUUCCGGCCGGUAAUUCCUCCUGUUGGUGUGCAGCAGCCACGCUGAAGGACAGAGUGGCAGCAGAGGCCAAGGAUCGUGAGUUGAUGGAGUUUGCUGCUGAAAAUGAAGGGAAGUCUGGCGGAGGUCUCCAAAGUGUAGCUGAGGGGGUGCGGCUAAGUCCAGAGUCUGGGAGGGAGGGAGUCAGGGACUUAGCAGGGGCGGAGGAGGCCGGCGGCGGAGAGGAGGGGAAAGGACUGACAGGGAUGAAGAAGAUAAGGGAUAGAGAGGAAGGAAGUGGACAAAGGCCAGUGGAAAUACCAAUGGACCUAACGGUAGUGAAGGAGGAAAUUAUGGACUGGCCAGAUACCGCAGGCAGGUUGGCUGGCCAGUGGGUAAAACAGGAGGUGGAGGAUAGGCCUGAGGUGAAGGAUGAGAACGCAGGCGUAUUGGAGGUGAAGCAGGAGACGAAUAGUAGUUUAGUGGUAAAAGAAGAGAAAGUGGAUGACCCAGAGGUAAAGGAAGAGAAGGUGAAGGAAGAGGUAAUGGACUGGCCAGAAGUGAAGGAAGAGAAGGAUAACUUGCAGAUAAAACGGGAGAAGUUUGUUGGUCAGUGCAUAAAAGAGGAGGUGAUGGAUGGAGAGUGUGUAAAAGAAGAGAAGAAAGAAGCCGUGGAUGAUACAAAGGUGAAAGAAGAGCGUCCAAUAAAUCACCUGGUGGGCUGCAAGCGGAAACUGGCCAUGUCAAGGUGUGAAACGUGUGGUACAGAAGAAGCAAAGUACAGAUGUCCACGUUGUAUGCGGUAUUCCUGCAGUUUGCCCUGUGUAAAGAAACACAAAACAGAACUGACAUGUAAUGGAGUUCGAGAUAAAACCGCAUACAUUUCGAUACAACAGUUUACUGAAAUGAAUCUCCUAAGUGAUUAUCGUUUUUUGGAAGAUGUGGCAAGAACAGCGGACCAUAUUUCUAGAGAUGCUUUUUUGAAAAGACCAAUAAGCAAUAAACAUAUGUACUUUAUGAAAAAUCGUGCCCGAAGGCAAGGUAUUAACUUAAAACUUCUACCCAAUGGAUUCACCAAGAGGAAGGAGAAUUCAACAUUUUUUGAUAAGAAAAAACAACAGUUUUGGUGGCAUGUGAAGCUCCAGUUUCCUCAAAGUCAAGCUGAGUAUAUAGAAAAAAGAGUACCAGAAGAUAAAACUAUUAAUGAAAUCCUAAAACCUUACAUUGAUCCUGAAAAGUCUGAUCCUGUAAUUCGUCAAAGGUUGAAAGCUUACAUUCGCUCUCAGACUGGGGUUCAAAUUUUAAUGAAGGUUGAAUAUAUGCAGCAAAAUUUAGUAAGAUAUUAUGAACUAGAUCCUUAUAAAAGUCUCCUAGACAAUUUGAGGAACAAAGUGAUCAUUGAGUAUCCAACAUUACAUGUGGUAUUGAAAGGAUCCAAUAAUGACAUGAAAGUUCUUCACCAAGGGAGAGAGGGAAGGAUUUUAGUCACUGGAACACACAUGUAAAAUUUACUAUACAAUAGAUGCUAUAAUAGAGUUUGCCUGAAGUACAGAGACAGCCAGAGGAGGAAAAAACUUCUAAUAUCUUGGAGGAACUGGAUGGACUGCUAGUGUUAAUAAAAUUUCACAAAGAUUGGGACGAUAUCUUGGAUGGAACUUAUUUCAGCACCUUACUCAUGAAAAGUACUCAGUAAACACUAUUGUGGUUUCUGGUACAGUCUGAAGUCUAGAUUCAACAGCAAACCCCAGGGAACUUGUCAGUUGGAAUAUGAGGCAGAGUUCCAGGUGUAUGCUUCUAGCAUCAGCUUUUAUAACCUAUGAGUCCUUGUGCAUUUACUUUGCCUCUCUGAGUUUUAUUUUUCUUAUCUACUCAAUGGAGACAACAGCCAUAAGCCUCAAAAUAACCUAUAUUUUACCAGGACAAUUUUUAAAGAGUUACUACCUAUUAUUUCCUUUUAGCAUCAUAAUACAAUGAAAUGGAACACUUUGGUUCCCAUUUUGGAGAUUCAGGGGAAAAAGUAAAAGACAGAAUGACGUGCAUUUACCUUGAUUCAGCAAACAUGAUCUACAUUGUGAGGAUAGAUACAGAGAAGAAACGUCUAGUUUCUGUCCUCCAGGAACUCAGUUUAGUGAGUGAGUCAUAGUCUUGCUUGCUCUAAGCAAGACAGGGGUGUCAAAGAAUCUCCAUUUCUACUCUGAGUCUUCUUUCCUGUGAAAGGAAGGAGAUGGCGAUUAGCUAGUCUUCUGUCACUCCACAUUGACUCAACAUAUACUGACCUUCAAUUUAAGUUUAAAAAAAAAGUCAUGGAAAAAUUUAUUCCAACCACAAAUGGCCAGCCUGGAUAAUAGUGAUCUAUUCAAUGGCAUGAAUAUGGAUCAUAACCACAUUGUGAAGUGACCAUUCCCAAAUCUUCCACAGAGUCAGGAAGGAUGUUACCUCACAAAAUAUAAUUGCCACUUUCAGACAUCAUUUCUCUAUUUAUUGUGGCCAGAAUUGUAUAUCCUAGCUGCCUGGGACAUAAUGUGGUUUGUGUGUCCCUGUGAGUAGUGCUGUUGCUGUGCAUCAGAAGGAGGGAGAGAAGAGAGACAGAGCAAGCUAAACAGAAACAGUAUAAACACUUGACUGUAUGUUUACUUA